CUGGUUGCGCUCGUGUGCGUCCGACUGAGUGAGGCGCUGCGAAGAAGAAUGGUGAAAGUUAGUGUCCUGCGUUUUGGCAGGUGUGCAUGUGGAAACAUGUAAACUUACUGUGCUCCGUUUUGUUUAUAGAAACCGUGCGGCGGCGGUAACCAUUAGGAUCAGCAACUUUCCUUUUUUUUUUUCGUUUCGUGGUGGACGAGUGAAGUGGCCAACAGACAAGCGAGGCAACAAUGUACGACGACGAGCUGGCGAGCGACGCGACUCGGAUAUUGCAAGAUCUGAGUCUCUUCGAAGUGCCCUCCAGGGAUCAUUUGACGGCAGCGACGCCGAAGCGUACGGACACUUCGGCUGGCGAAGAUUUCGAGAAAAAGCGAGAAAUAUACGCUAAUAUGAACAGUAAGUCUUACCCGGACUUCGCGCUGGCGGCCGAUCACGACUAUGGACGCAUUCUCUCUCGGGCGGCUACCUCAGCGGGCAGCUACGCUUCGGCGGACGUGCUCGGUAGCCCCCGACGGUAUCUUCCAUCCAGCAGGCGUGCUUUGGGUGCAAUCGAGAGCCUAGCCGACGGCAAAGACCUGCAGGUGUACGCCAGAAUUGACCGUGCUAGCGUAAUUACCGCCUCUAAGUUCGCGACGCCCAAAGCACCCUGCUCCGAAGCAGUGAGUGGAGUGCCUCCGCCCGACUAUGCACGGUGGGCCGCUUGCAAAACACGACUGCCUGAUAGCGCUCAUUCCAGUCCGCGUAGCAGCGUCAGUUCGUCGAGUCGCGACUCUCAGCACUCGAACAGUUCGGCGGGCGCUGCGCCCAUCUACGAGAACGUGGCGGCCCUGCAGAGCCCGCGGUCGUCGCUUAGUUCUCAGGAUUCGAAGCCGCCGAGCCCGCGGGCCAGCCACUGCGAACCGCCGCCGUAUCCGCACGCGAAACCACCUCCCGAAUACCCCAUCUACGCCAACCUGGAAGGUCCAUCGCUGCAGCGCAACGGACUGGUCAGGCCGUGUGCUCAGAAGCCGUCAUCGUACGCCUCCAGCGUGCGAUAUUCGACGACCGGCAGCGGCAACAGCCUGUCUUGCUCGUACCCGAUCGGCAGGCAGCAGCAGGUUCUUCGCAGCCAGACUUGCGAUGCGGGGGGAUUGGCAGCGCGAAGCCCCCAGUCGGCCUGUCCGCAAGUGCCGCCGCAGGCGCUCCCGCCGCCGCCCCCUUACCCGGGCUACAAGCCCAACACGCUUAACACCAAGACGCUGCUGCCGUACAACGUGACCCCUCCGCGGCCCAAGGGUCCCACGGAGGCCGAGAAGAAGAUCGAGGCGCUUAUGCGCCAGAUCGAAGACGAACUCGAGCAAAACCCGCCGGAGGGAGAGUUCUUCGGUAUCUGCCAUACAUGUGGUGAAAAAGUGACGGGUGCUGGCCAGGCCUGUCAAGCAAUGGGCAACCUCUACCACACUAACUGCUUCAUUUGCUGUUCAUGUGGGCGUGCUCUGAGAGGCAAGGCAUUCUAUAAUGUACAUGGAAAGGUAUACUGUGAAGAAGACUACCUGUACUCUGGCUUUCAGCAGACUGCAGAGAAAUGUGCUGUUUGUGGACACUUGAUUAUGGAAAUGAUUCUGCAAGCCAUGGGAAAGUCUUAUCAUCCUGGCUGUUUUCGCUGUUGCAUAUGCAAUGAAUGCUUGGAUGGGGUCCCAUUCACAAUUGACAUGGACAACAAAAUAUAUUGCGUCAACGAUUACCACAAAAUGUUUGCGCCGAAGUGUGCAGCUUGUGGGAAGGCAAUUACACCUGUGGAGGGAACUGAUGAAACUGUCAGAGUUGUUUCAAUGGACAAGGAUUUUCAUGUGGACUGCUAUGUUUGUGAGGAGUGCAACCUGCAGCUGACAGAUGAGCGGGAUAAGCGGUGCUACCCACUGGACGGCCACUUGCUGUGCCAGGGUUGUCACGUUCGGAGGCUGCAGGCUCAGGGCUCUGCUGCCCGAGGGGAGCCACCACCUCAGGGGGCACAAGCACAGAUUGUAUGGAAUGGAGCACAGCUACAUUAGGCCUUGGUAUAUUUCUCUCAGGGCUGGUCCUUAAGAGGAACAACUAAACAAACAAAAUAAAACACAAGAGUUGCCUGAAGAUGGAGGGCACCCUUUCUUUUGCAGCAAGCAGUGCCAAUACAACAUUCAACUCCUCGAAAAAUGUUUUUAUACAUAUAUACAUAUAUAUAUAUAUAUAUAUAUACAUAUAUAUAAUGUAUAUGCACAGCACUUUUCUUUUUUGUUUAUCUCAGUGAAUGAAAGGUUUGUUUAGAGACCCCCAUGGGCGACUUGUUUAAAUGACCAAUGUUCCAGUCGUCGGCAGCAGAGGGAUGCGUACAAGUGCUAGGUGGCACGGUAGUAGCAUGUACUAUCGGUGUCAAAUGAAACCCGAACAGUGGCAAGCAUUUAUGAUGGUAUAGUGUGUGCCGUCCACUUAUCACCUUGGACAGGCACACACUUAUGCGCAGAGAUGCCGGACAGGAUGCGCGCGCCUCUCAACGGUGAUAACUGGACGGCACGCACUAUACUAUCGCAGAGGCUUGCCGCUGUUCGGGUUUCAUUUGACGCCGAUAGUACAUAGCACUUGCAUAUGAAGAACACUGGGCAUGGUGCAUAAAGCAUUAUUCUGUCAAAUGCUGAGGGUCCAAAGCAGCAGCAUCCACUGUCACGCCUGCAGCCCAUUUUUUUCUGUAUUUUUUUUUCUUCUUCUGUGUACUUCUUUCUUUUUUAUCCGAAUAAAGAAGCUCUGAAGCACACACACAAUA